AUGGCUGCGUAUCCUACGCAGCAACCCAGAAUGAACGAAUUCGAGCUAGUCGAAAAUAAGGAGAAUUCUCUUUCCCAGCCGACCGCACCACCGGAUGAGAAGAAACAGGAGAAAGUAGUCUCGAGUCAUGAAAUUCCCACUGCGACACCUAAUGCGACCGCCCAUGCUACUGUCCAUGCCAGCCCCAAUGCACCCGAAGAUGGCCCUGAUCGGGGUUAUUCGCGUAUGUCAAUGGUUAUGAUGGUCGUCUUCAGCGGCCUAGCCAUUGGAUCAGAUGGAUUCAAUGCUUCAAUUAUUGGCAACAUCGAAUUGUUGAUGGGAGUCAUUUACCCCAACUCACUGACCACCGAAGUCGCGGCACGCCUAUCGAAUGCUUUUAUGGUCGGCAUGAUCAUCGGAAUGCUGUCAUUUGGAUACAUCUCCGAUAAACUCGGUCGUAAGACAGGCGCCGUCUUAACAACGGCGAUUUUGGUGCUGGGAAUCGCUCUCAGUGCUGGUGCCAGUGGCAUGACAGAAGACGGCAUGUUUUGGAUGCUAAUCAUUGCACGUGGAAUCGCUGGUGUUUCCCUUGAAGAUACUGUGCUGAUCGUUGGUAGAGAAUAUCCCGUCGCAGGUGCUGGUGCCGCCGAAGCGACGGACGAGGCGCCAGGAAUUCGCAAACGACGUGGCUUUAUCUUUGCAAUGAUCGGUGAUCUUUCGGCUUCACUGGGAUUCGCAUUUGGAGCACUUGUUCCUUUAAUUCUGCUGCUUUGUUUCCACCAGCAAGUCCGCCACUAUGAGGCCGUCUGGCGCGUCUCCCUGGCUAUGGGUGCUAUCGCACCCCUAUCGAUAUUCUGGUUUCGAUAUCGCAUGGUGAUGAGCACGGCAUAUCGCAAAAGCUCAAUGAAAAAGCAACGUAUUCCGUACUGGUUAGCUGUGAAGAAAUAUUGGCGACCGCUGCUGGGCGUGUGUGGUUCGUGGUUCAUCUAUAACUACAUCUCUUACCCGUUCGGCCUCUUUUCAUCCACCAUCGUUGGUCGCGUGAAUCCAUCCUCAUCGCUAGCGCUGACGAUGGCAUGGGGAACCUUGAUCAACUGCUUCUAUAUCCCCGGAGCUUUUAUCGGUGGCUUUCUGUCUGAUAAGAUUGGUCGCCGGCGCACCAUGGCGCUGGGCUUCAUGCUUCAGGCUAUUCUCGGCUUCAUCUUAGGAGGAGCGCUAGGGCCGAUCCAAACGAAGCUGCCCUUGUUCAUCGUCCUUUACGGCAUCUUCCUCACUCUUGGGGAGGUUGGUCCCGGCUCGACAAUUGUUCUCACGGCCAGUGAAAGUUUUCCAACAGCUCUUCGUGGUCACGGAGUCGGACUCGCCGCUGCUUGGAGCAAGGCAGGGGCAGCGAUUGUUGGGGGGGACGACAGUCUGCGAGGUACCCAGGCUGUAUUCCUGAUAGGAUCAGGAUUUGCUGUGCUGGGGUCCCUUUUGGCUUGGUUUGUUCUCCAAGAUAGCAACAAGAUCCUAGACCAUGGUGACCAAGAAUGGAAGGAUUACCUCAUUGCCAACGGAUACACUAAUAUCGAGUGGGGUGUCGAAGAGCAGCAUGAACUGCCCGACGGAAAAGUGGUGGAAUGA